GCGUACAAGUAGUAUUGCGGCUGUCAAAUCUUAUCUUUUUUUGUAGCUUCGCAUCUUCGUUGUGUUUUGACCAGUUGAGCUUUGCUGAUCUUUUAAAACAAAUUUUAGGGUAUUUUCCCGACGAAGGUACUGAUCCACUCAACUCAUCAUGUUACAGUUUCUGGCUGGCUUUACUUUGGGGAAUGUCGUGGGGAUGUAUCUGGCCCAGAACUAUGAUGUUCCCAACAUCUACAAGAAAAUUGAAGCUUUCAAGAAAGACGUGGAGGACAGGAAGAAGCCAUCAGAGUAAACCAUGAACUGACUUGACUGUUUUCUGAAGAGAAACUAUUUAUUUUACAUUUAUUGUAUAAUCAGUGUACAAAGAAAACAUUGUAUAGGAAUGUCAGUGCCUAAAUGAGUUUCUUUGAUGAUUUUCUUUCACUAAAUAAGCCAAAAAAUAUAUAUUUUAGACUAUUUUUGUACAAUACAGUUAAUAUUGUUCACAGAUUUUAAAUCUGUUACAUGUCACCAAAGGGAUCACCUUGUAACUAGUAUUUGACAAGGCAAUGUCGACUCACCUUGUUUAUGGUGCACUAUGGUCUUUGCACUUCCAUCGUUCUUUUUCCUUCAUCUUUUUUUGGGGUUAUUUUAAAAUGAAAACUUAACCAGGCAUUUGCUCUUGUGUUGUGUUGCACAAUUUUGCAUGAAUAUUCUCCUUAUUCUCAAGCUUAUAAUAAAGUUAUGGAAGAACUUGUAAA